AUGCUGCUUCACAGCCAUGAUUCGAAAGGUGGAGUUGAACAGGGCAGUAGUGGAACAAGCACGUCGCGAGGAUCGCAACGCGGUGCUGGUUCUCGCUCAGGGUCUGGUGGAGACCUGCAGGGAUUAGCAGAGAAGAAUGACAAGCCGACUCCGUCAAUGGUUCCCAUAGAAAAACUUGCCAAGUUGUUGGCACAACGAUCACAAAAGGAAGAUGGAGUCAAUGGUGUCACUGAAAAGUGUUUUACCAAAUACCUGUUCGGGAUGUAUGCGGAGCUGGCUACCCAGUUCUACAAAUACGUGCACAAAGCUGGCAAAUGCAAGAACAAACACAUUCCCCUAUUCACCUUCAGACAACAGUGCGAGAAGAUUUUGGCCAUGCUGGAUGAUAACGUCAUGGAGUCGUGCGGGCUGGGCGCGGGACUGGAGCGCGGCGCGUGGCAGGCCGCCAGCGCGCUCAUGCCCGUGUCGCGCGCCUGGCUGCUGGCCGGCACCGCGCCGCCGCUCUACCGCCGCCCCACGCAGCCGCCGCACCAGCCACCAGGCGGCGGGCUGGCGAGCGCGGCGUGGCUGGCGCGGCUGGUGUGCGCGGUGCCGUCGCACUGUGUGCCGCAAAUUUAA